CAUAGACCUAGUUCUACCUUGCAAGGUGGACCCGGGUCCAUGGCAUAACAACCGAUAAAUAUGGUAUUGGGUCAAUAUUGGGCUUUAUGUUAUUCUAGAACGGGCUAAAAUUGGGCUUUUGUUGAAUCACAAAACGGCGCAGAUUUUCAGCAUACUAUGAGUAUGACUAGGAGUCUAGUCUAGGAAUGAGAGUUUAGUUGUAGAAUUUGGAGUACCGUCUCGGCCAAGAAACCGAAAGUCAUAAACCCUUAUUAAAGCCCCUCCAAAAUUGCAAAAACCUACGUUUCUACUUGUGCUGUUUCUUCUCGCAAUUUCAAUCUUUUAACCAUAAAAAAUGGAGUUGCCGGAAGGCAUCACGCGCUUCUCUGUUUCCUCCGGCUCAAUUCUCACCGCCGCCGCCUCACUCGCCGCCUCCGUCAUGCUCCUCCAAUCCGUAACCGCCGACCUCGUCCCCGACGCACUACGCGCCUACUUCUCCACCCGCCUCACCAAGCUCUCCGCCCGCUUCUCUUCACAGCUCACUCUCGUCAUUGAGGAAUCCGAAGGCCUGACCUCAAACCACAUGUUCGAGGCCGCUAACCUCUUCCUGGGAACUAAGGUCUCCAAAGCAACGCGAAGAAUCAAAGUGAUCAAGCCGGAGAAAGACGAGGAACUGAUCGUCACCGUCGAUAGAAAUCAGGAAAUCGUCGAUUUCUACAACAAGGUGAAGAUGGUGUGGGAAUUGAAAUCCACAGCAAUCCAACAGAUCGGCAAAGGAGAUCGCAACGGCAAUUCGAAAACAGAGCAGAGAUAUUUCGAGCUGAGCUUUCACAACAAGUACAAAGACAUUGUGCUUAGGGCUUACCUCCCGUACAUCCUGAGGAAAUCGAAGGAGAUCAAGCAGCAGAGCCGCGCGGUGAGGCUAAACACAGUUGAGUACGGCGGAAAUUGGACCUCCAUUGUGCUCAACCAUCCGGCCAAUUUCAGUACAAUGGCGAUGUCGCCGGAGAUGAAGAACGAGAUAAUCGAUGAUCUGGACAGGUUUAUUACCAGAAAGGAUUAUUACAGGAGAGUCGGCAAGGCCUGGAAGAGAGGAUACUUGCUGUACGGCCCUCCUGGUACUGGAAAAUCAAGCUUGGUUGCCGCCAUGGCUAAUUACCUCAAUUUUGAUAUCUACGACCUCGAUCUGAGAGAGGUUGAGUGCAACGCGGAUUUGAGACGGUUGCUCAUCGGUUCUGCAAAUCGCUCCAUCCUCGUGAUUGAAGAUAUUGACUGCAAUGCCGUCCUGCAUAGCCGAGAAUCGGAAAACCAAACCGCUGAGGGCGAUAAGAUUAAUCUCUCGGGAGUGUUGAACCUGAUAGAUGGGUUGUGGUCGAGCUGCGGAGACGAGAGAAUCAUAGUGUUGACGACGAAUCACAAGGAUCGGCUCGAUCCCGCACUGCUGCGCCCAGGUCGCAUGGACAAGCACAUACAGAUGUCCUACUGCACUUUCAGUGGCUUCAAAGUUCUGGCUUCUAAUUACCUUAGGAUUGAGGAACAUGCUUUGUACCAGAAGAUUGAAGAGUUGCUGUUGAAGGUUAAGGCAACGCCUGCUGAAAUUGCUGAAGAGCUUAUGAAGAAUGAUGAUGCAGAUAUAGCACUGGGGAACCUCAUCAUCUUCCUUCAAAACAAGGAAAACACACUCAUCCAACACCACCUAAACCUUGGAUAGAUGAUGGAACAAGGCAGCAAAGCCCAUUUUCUUCAGCUUCCAUCUGAAAUUUGAUAGAAGAGGGAGGCCUGGGCUUUGGCGUUCAAAAUAUUUAUUUGGUCCCUCAAUUUUUUGUAGAAAGACAUUAAUGUUAUUAGGAAAUCCUUAAAUAAGAACUAAGUAUACCUAGGGUGAGGAAGAACUCGGUGUAAAGGUUACACGUCUCUUGAGUCUUGAUUGAUUGGUUGAAGACCUGCUGAAUUUUUUUAA